AUGGCUGUUGCAGAGGCAGGUAGCGGCUGUGAUGCUGCGUGGACAUGGAAACCGGCUGAAGUGCUGUUUCGGAACAGCAACAGCAGUGCUGAUUGGCAGCAGCUUUUGUCCAUGCACCUUGCUGUGUUACGGCCGACGGAGACGAAAAUUGAUUUUCUGUGGAGGAUUAAAUCGCCCCCAAAUAUUCUGCAUUUUGGAUGGAGAAUUUUGCUUAAUAGGCUCGCUACUAAGGAUCAAUUACUUAAGCGGGGAAUGUUGAUGGAAGAUGGAGAUUCUGCUUGUGUUUUUUGUCACUCGGAGGAGGAAAACUUACAUCAUCUUUUAGGCGGAUGUAAGGUUUUAUCUUGCUUAUGGAGGAAGGUGUUUGAAUGGUUGGGUCCGUUUGGCAAUGUGGGGUUGGAAGAUUUUGAGGGGUUCUUCGAUAACUUUGAAAAGGUGAAGGCUAUUUCCAAGAGAAUGAUCAUCGCGGUUGUAUGGCUAGCUACGGUUUGGAGCAUUUGGUUGAGGCGUAAUGCGAUCAUCUUUAGAGGUGAAUCUUAUAGCUUUACCGAGUGCAUGUCGGGUAUUAUUUGGUUAGCUUGGAUGUGGCUCCAAUCGUUUUAUGUUUUGAAGGAUGGUUGUAAUUUUUACAUUUGGAACAUUCUUCCUCUUACUUGCUUUGAGUAA